GCUCGGCGUGUCGGAAGUUUGGAGGAAAAAAAACAUGUCUUAAAUUACACUAGGCUACAAAAUAAAAUGCGUGCAAGCAUCUAUUAUCUAUCCAUAUGUGGAAUUGCAGUGCAGCUUACACUGAGUCUCGCUGUCGUCGAUUCCAUCUGUCAGAUAGUGCAGCGCCAUGGGGCAGAGUGUCAAGUGCAUCAAGUGCAAACCGCCGACGGUUAUCAGUUGACAAUGCAACGCAUUCCCCCGCCCCGUAAUCACAGCUGCCCCAUGCUGCAGCCAUUCGUGCUGAUGCACGGCCUAAUCGGCUCGGCUGGCGAUUUUGUGGCAGCGGGUCGCGCAGGCGCUUUGGCAUUCCAGUUGCAUGCGCGUUGCUUUGACGUCUGGCUGCCGAAUGCACGUGGCACGACUCAGUCGCGACGCCACCGCACACUCGCCGCCAGCGAGGCGGCCUUCUGGGAUUUCAGCUGGCACGAGAUUGGCGUCUAUGACUUGCCAGCCAUUGUGGAGCAUGUGCUGCACGUGACGGGUCACCGCAGACUCCACUAUGUGGGCCAUUCGCAGGGCACCACUGUGUUGUUGGUGCUGCUGUCGCAGCGACCCGCUUACAAUGCCAAAUUUGCGAGUGUAUCGCUGCUGGCGCCAGUUGCCUAUUUGCAGCAUUUGAGCAGUCCGCCAUUGCGAUUGCUGGCUAGUGACCCUGGCGGUGUCAUGCUGCUGCUGAAUCAGCUGGGCCUGCACGAGCUUCUGCCGGCCACAUCGCUCACCCAGGUGGGCGGCCAGCUGCUCUGCAGCCCCGCACUGCCGACGUAUGCGCUGUGCAUCCUCAUCACAUCGCUCUAUGUGGGCUUCAGCGAGUAUCCGUUGGAUCGUAACAUAUUUCCACGAAUUCUGGAGACAACACCAGCGGGCAUCUCUCGUGGUCAACUCCUGCACUUCGGGCAGCUCAUCAACAGCGGUAAAUUUCAGCAGUACGACUACCGCUCAACUCAGCUCAAUCUUCAGCACUAUGGACAGACAAGCCCUCCAAGCUAUCAGUUGACAAAUAUCCGCCUCAAUCUGAUGCUCUUCUAUGGAAACCGGGAUGCAUUGUCCAGCCGGAUGGAUGUGCAGCGUUUGGUUCGUGAGCUGAGCAACUGUCGCAUUCAACUCUUCCAGGUGCGCGGAUAUAACCACAUUGACUUCCUCUAUGCGGCCUCAGCACCACAAAGGAUCUACGAACGCAUCAUCCAACAGGCCAUUCGGAUAAAUGGAGUAUAAAAAUUAGUUAAAGUUAACUGAUUCUUGAAUUUACAUU